UCUCCUAAUAAAUACCCCUCCUCUUGCUCACCAUUUUCCUCACUCACAUCAAUAACAAUUCUGCAAAAACCCAAACACAAACCUAAAUCCAUUUCUCAUCUGUCAGCCAACAUGUCAGGAGUCAUCCUCAAAAUAGCAGAAAAACUCCACAUGGGAGGAGGAGGAGACAAAGAAAAACACAAGGAAGAAGGUCACCAUGGGGAUCACAAGAAGGAAGGACAUGGACAUAGUGGUGAUCAGCACAAGGAAGGACUUGUUGAUAAGAUAAAGGACAAGAUCCAUGGUGAUGAAAGUGGUGAAAAGCAUCAUCACAAAGAUGGAGAAGGGAAAAAGGAGAAGAAGAAGAAGAAGAAAGACAAGAAGGAGAAGAAGCAUGAUGGACAUGAUAGUAGCAGUAGCAGUGACAGUGAUUGAUUGAUUACAUCUUUCGAUUUCUUACUUAAUUUCCUUAACUUCUCAUCUAUGGUAUUUCA